AUGGCAAAUCAAUUGACAAAUGCAAUAAUAGCAGAGUUACAUAUUGAUAUUUCACUUGAACAGUUUAUAAUUAGUGAAGUUAUACCCUGUUGCCUGUUUCCAAAGGACUCCAGAGCUCAAUUUGCAUUGGCUUGUUCAACUUCGUUGGUUAUAUUGGAUCAUACAACUAGAUCGUGUCUCUGCAGUCUCUUUGUAAUAGCUUCUUUGAUUUGUAGUGUUUAUUUCAUUGGGAGUGCAUGGCUGGGAAAAUAUUCUUUCAAGAUAUUAUCUGGAUUUGGAGUGAAUGGAGCACAUAAAAAUAUAGAAUAUGAGGAUUGCAAGGUGGUUAUCGAUAAAGAUGGUGUUCUAGAGCAAAUGAAUACUGGAAAAGGAUACAUUGACAUGUCAACUGUUCAUGCCGAGACUUCCUCAAAAAUUAGUGAGGUAUCACAGUUUGGAUUACGUGGAUGA